GCGCUUUGAAAUUUGGCGCGCGCUCAUAAUUUAUGCGAUUACCAAAUAUGGCAAGAUGUAAAGUGGUUCCACCAAAAAAAUGUCUCGCUUUAACACAUACCAUCCCAAAGACUAUCCAACUCUUGUCUUUCCAUUACCUUUCGGACGUUCUCCGUUAUGCAUUCCUCCUCAUACGACGUCCUGAUUGUAGGUGCGGGUAUCGCUGGUUGUGCUCUCGCCCAUGCCCUCUCGACUAUUCCGCGAGAAAAGCCUCUUCGAAUCGGCCUUCUAGAAAGAUCUCUAGACGAGCCUGACCGUAUCGUUGGGGAGCUACUUCAACCAGGAGGUGUGGCUGCACUGGAGCAGUUGGGACUUGAGUCUUGUGUGGAAAAUAUUGAUUCGAUACACCUUGGGGGUUAUUGCGUCGUGAAGGACGGCGGUUUCGUUCAUAUUCCUUAUCCCAAUGGCCAUCGCGGUCGAGGCCUACAUCAUGGAAGAUUCAUCAUGAACUUGCGAGCAGCUGCGCAACGGGCGAAAGGGGUAGAGGUCAUUGAAGUAACCGUAAAUGGACUACUUCAAUGUGAUGCAAAGGGAACGGGAAGGGUUAUUGGUGUCUCUGGUUCGAGGAAGGUUGGACAGGAAAAAGAAGUGGAGAAGAUGGAAUUCUAUGCCGACUUAGUGGUCAUUGCCGACGGAUGCUUCUCGAACUUCCGAACUCAGGUUAUGGACCAGCGAGCUCUCAAACCCGUCACAAAAAGUCAUUUCGUUGGUCUGAUUCUCAAGGAUGUCCAACUUCCUAUUCCACAACACGGGACUGUAUGUCUGACAGCGAGCAACGGGCCCGCCCUCUUAUACCAGAUUGGCACAGGCGAAACGCGAAUGCUUGUCGACGUCAGGGAGCCCCUACCUUCCGACAUGAAGGCUCACCUCCUGAACAGCGUGAUACCCGAACUUCCGAGCUGUGUCCAUAUUGCUGCCCUCGAAGCAGUCAAAAAUGACCGUCUAAGGCGCAUGCCGAAUUCCUUCUUACCUGCCGUCAAACAAGGUAAUCCCAGAUUCUCCAAACAAGGUGUUAUUCUUGUUGGUGACGCAUGGAACAUGCGACAUCCACUCACUGGUGGUGGAAUGACGGUUGCUUUUAGUGACGCAGUCAUCCUUCGGGAUUUGCUUCGAGAGGUUAAAGACCUCAAGGAUUGGGACGAGAUGAAGGGUGUUCUUGAUUGUUGGCACUGGAGACGGAAACCCCUUGCGUCCACGGUGAAUAUCCUGAGUGUCGCCUUAUAUGACCUGUUCGGUGCAAAUGAGCCAGAACUCGCUAUCCUUCGAACUGGCUGUUUCAAGUACUUUGAACUCGGUGGUGAAUGUAUCAAUGGACCCGUUUCUCUACUUUCCGCGAUUACCCCGUCACCUACACUCCUCAUAUAUCACUUCUUCGCUGUCGCUUUCUAUUCGAUAUGGGUUAUGUUUGCCCACCCACGGCCUGUGCAACUUCGUAAGGAUAACAAACCAAAAUUAGUCGCGCCAUCAAUAGUGGAAUAUCCUUAUCUUGCUUUCAAGUCCAUCGUGGUGAUAUGGACUGCAUCAGUCGUUGUCCUUCCACUUAUAUGGUCAGAGAUUCGAUGGUGGUCUCCUGAGGAGAAAUCACUUCGACACCGACCAAUGCUAAUGUUGGUCGGGUUUCUGACUCUACUUUAUCUCCUUCUAUAGAACCAUUUAUUUAGAGGAUACAGUACCACCUUUUAUUGUAAAUAUCUUUGUCGGGAUUCUACGGGUCCCUAUAAUCGAAGAGGAAUAAAUAAACUCAAAAAUAUUGAAAUG